CAGAAAUCUUAGGCUUCCUCUUAAAUUUUAAUUUUUGACUUUUGCUUUACUUUUAUUAAACAAUUACUUGUGAUGCCGUUUGACAACUUCAUGCAACGGAAAUUGUCAUCAAAUAUUUUUGGAAAACAAGCAGCUUUGUUGUUGCUUACAUUACUAUGUUUCUUUUCAAUACUACCAAGCGCUUUAUCAUUGUCAGUAGUGCCGCCAAUGUCAGUCUCAACUCGAAUUGCCUCAGAUACUUUUAAAAGACAGCUAGGGCCUGAUACAACAAUGGAUCCUUUAAGCUACACAUGCGAGGUUGUAGGAGAAUGUCUCGCAUGUAGUACUCUGCAAAUCCAAACCGAAAAUGUCUGUAAAGAAACUCACAAUCGACAAAGGAUAGAAUGUCAUUAUGUUGAUCCCAGAAAGGAAGAAGACGAGGACCUUAAACUCAAGCUUCCCACAUAUAGAUCAUGCCUCCAUGUCAAAGCAGUCGAAGCGAGGAAAUUCGCACAUUUUUUUUCUAUGAAUGUGUUCCUAGCUUUUUUCUCAGGUUUAUUGUUAGUUUGGAGGAAACGCAAGCUUGCAGCUGCUCAGUAUAGGCGCAUGGCCAGAAGGAUAGGCAUUGCAUAAAACCCAUUUCUUCAUUUCAAUCAAGAAAAUAAGCAUAAAAACAGCUAA